AUGGCACGAGUGAGCACUGCUCUGGUGUUGAUUGCACUCGUCGUUGUUUUUCCGAGCAUGGUUUUGGCGACACAAUAUGUUGUUGGAGAUGGUUUAGGCUGGAGUGGUGAUGUUAAUUACGACGAUUGGGUUGAUGGCAAAACUUUCUACGUUGGAGAUGUUUUAGUUUUCAGUUACAUCGCAACUGACCACAACGUUGUUUUAGCUACCAAUGAGGACAAUUAUAACAAUUGUGUUGCAUCUCCAAACUUGGCUGUGUACGACACUGGCAAUGAUAUACUGACAUUGAAUGAAGCUGGAACCUACUAUUUCUUAUGUUCAUAUCACUGCGACUUUCUUCAGCAGAAGGUUAUGAUCACUGUGAACUGA